ACAGUGGAAAUACUACUCUACGUAAUUUAUAUAUUUCGUGGUAAUGACGACUCGAGUGUAGUCACAUGAGUAUCUGCCUUUUUCACGUAUAUCGUGUUCUGUGGCGUUAGACGUGCUGUACAGCAUUUUCGCUAAAUAAUGGUGGCCCAAAAGAAACAGAAAAAAUCCCAGGAGGGUAUCAACUCCAGGUUGGCCCUGGUUAUGAAAUCGGGAAAAUAUGUCUUGGGGUACAAGCAAACCUUGAAAUCUCUUCGGCAAGGAAAGGCAAAAUUGGUCAUCAUAGCAAAUAAUGCUGCACCUUUAAGGAAAUCAGAGAUAGAAUAUUAUGCCAUGUUGGCAAAGACAGGUGUGCAUCACUACAUUGGAAAUAACAUAGAAUUGGGUACAGCAUGUGGAAAAUACUUCCGUGUUUGUACUCUUUCUAUCACAGAUCCUGGAAAUUCUGAUAUUAUAAAAUCUAUGCCUACUGGUGAACAACCUUAAACGAACUUUUUAUUGAAUAAAAUUUUAAUAAAAAC